AUGCCGGUGCGGUCUGCGUCGUCCUGCGGCGCUCCAGCAACUCCGCUAGAACGAAACGACAGCGGAUCCAUCUCCCCGCGCUCCACUCUGGACUCUCAAGAUGUCACCCGCGGGGUUCACCGUUCUAACGUGGUGGCAACAGAGGCUCCUGGCAGCGUUCCUCACAUUACCCAGAGCAUUACCAUCAAGCGAACCCGCCAAGAACCGUCUCCAACCGUGCAGCACUCCCCCACAUCGCGCAGUGCCCCUACAACCUCAGGCAAUUGGUCUUUCUCAAGAAUAAGACAGCCUGCAGAGCCUCUGGUGUUUGACUGCCCUGUGGGUCCCAAGACGUCGCACUUCUGGGGUCCCUUGGCCAACUGGGGCUUCGUCAUUGCGGGACUAGUGGACAUGCAAAAGCCGGUCGACAUGAUCUCGCCAAAGAUGACUUCAGUCAUGUGCGUGUACUCGGCGCUGUUCAUGCGCUUCGCCUGGCGCGUGCAGCCCCGCAACUACCUCCUCUUCUCCUGCCACUCCGCCAAUGAGACCGUCCAACUCAUUCAGCUCUCGCGAUGGGCCCUCUCAGAACCCGUAGCUGAGAAGCCAGCAGAGCCUGCUCCGGCUGUUGUGGAGAAGGCAGCAGAGUGA